AGAAAACGACAUAGGUGUGAAGGAGGCAGUUUGAUAUCAGAUGCUCUGCUCCACCUAUCAAGAACCGGUUGUUGGGAAAGGCAAAUAGAUUUUGAAGACGAAUCCAAAGGUCGCAACGGAGAAGCCAAUGGAGGCGAGGCCUAAAGUGGCGGUGGUGGUAUUUUUGCUUAGAGACAAAAAGGUGCUUUUAGGGCGGCGCCGCGACACCUUCGCUCUUCCCGGCGGCCACCUCGAGUUCGGGGAGAGCUUCGAGGAAUGUGCGGCGAGAGAGGUGAAGGAGGAGACGGGGCUACACAUACAAAAUAUCGAAUUCCUGACUGCGACCAGCAACGUCGCGAUAAUGAUGCGUGCGGUUCUGGCCGAUCCGGAUCAGAUCCCGCAGAAUCUGGAGCCGGAGAAGUGCGAGGGCUGGGAUUGGUACGAUUGGAACGAUCUGCCGCGGCCGCUGGAAGCCAUGGCUAGCGCCGGAUUUGAUCCCUUUUCCCGCCUUUUUUAGCUCAUUGGAAUUGGAAUUCAAUAUUUUCUUUACUGUGCUCAAUCAAGGUCCAUUUGCCGGACUCCAAUUUCCAAUUUAUUAGUAGUACCAAUCUUUUGCUGCGUUA